GUCAAAAGAAUGGAUUUUACAGAGGCUUACUCUGACACAUGCUCCACGGUUGGACUUGCUGCCAGGGAAGGCAAUGUUAAAGUCUUAAGAAAACUGCUCAAAAAGGGACGUAGCGUUGAUGUUGCUGAUAACAGGGGAUGGAUGCCAAUUCAUGAAGCAGCUUAUCACAACUCUGUAGAAUGUUUACGGAUGUUACUUCAUGCAGAUUCGUCUGAAAACUACAUUAAGACAAAGACUUUUGAGGGCUUCUGUGCAUUACAUCUUGCUGCAAGUCAAGGACAUUGGAAGAUUGUACAGAUUCUUUUAGAAGCUGGGGCAGAUCCUAAUGCAACUACUCUAGAGGAAACCACGCCACUGUUUUUAGCUGUUGAAAAUGGACAGAUAGAUGUGUUAAGGCUGUUGCUUCGACAUGGAGCAAAUGUUAAUGGAUCCCAUUCUAUGUGUGGAUGGAACGCUUUGCACCAGGCUACUUUUCAGGAAAAUGCUGAGAUCAUAAAAUUGCUUCUUAAAAAAGGGGCAAACAAGGAAUGCCAGGAUGACUUUGGAAUCACACCUUUAUUUGUGGCUGCUCAGUAUGGCAAGCUAGAAAGCUUGAACAUACUUACUUCAUCGGGUGCAAAUGUCAAUUGUCAGGCAUUGGACAAAGCUACUCCCUUGUUCAUUGCUGCUCAAGAGGGCCACACAGAAUGUGUGGAGCUUUUGUUAUCCAGUGGGGCAGAUCCUGAUCUUUACUGUAAUGAGGACAAUUGGCAGUUACCUAUUCAUGCAGCUGCACAAAUGGGUCAUACAAAAAUCUUGGACUUGUUAAUACCACUUACCAACCGGGUUUGUGACACUGGGCCAGACAAAGUGAGUCCCGUUUACUCAGCAGUGUUUGGAGGGCAUGAAGAGUGCCUAGAAAUGUUACUCCAGCAUGGCUACAGCCCAGAUGCCCAGAUGUGCCUUGUCUUUGGAUUCAGUUCUCCCAUGUGUAUGGCUUUCCAAAAGGACUGUGAAUUUUUUGGAAUUGUGAAUAUUCUUUUGAAAUAUGGAGCCCAACUAAAUGAACUUCAUUUGGCAUACUGCCUGAAGUAUGAGAAGUUUUCAGUAUUUCGCUACUUUUUGAAGAAAGGUUGUCCGUUGGCACCGUGGAACCAUAUUUCUGAAUUUAUAAGUCAUGCGAUUAAAGCACAGACAAAAUAUAAGGAAUGGCUGCCAUCUCUCCUGCUCGCUGGAUUUGACCCACUGAAUCUACUGUGCAGCUCAUGGAUUGACUCGGUCAGUGAUGACACCCUUAUCUUCACUUUGGAGUUUACCAAUUGGAGGAGGCUUCCUCCAACUGUUGAAAAGAUGCUCUCCACGCGUGCCUCAAACUCCUCUUGGGCUCUGCAGCAACAUAUUGCCUCUGUUCCGUCCCUCACCCACCUUUGUCGUUUGGAAAUUCGGUCCACUGUAAAACCAGAACACCUACGGUCUGACAGUUUUAUCUGUCAGUUGCCACUUCCCAGAAGCCUACAUAAUUAUUUGCUCUAUGCAGAGGUUCUGAGGAUGAAUGAAGUUCCAGAACUGGCAGUUACUCAAGAUGGAGAAAUCAGCGAAGCUACUUAAUGCAGCUCAUGUCUUACUCUGAAAACCACCAAAACAAAGAGCCAUGCAGUACAAAUUCUUCAUGAUUUUAUAGUCAUAAAAGAUGAUUUUUAUGUGGUUGGUUAGGUUUGGGGGGUGGCAGUAGUUUAAUGCACAUGUUUACAAUUGGGUUUCCUGGUAAAAGAAUACUGUAAACCUCACUUAUGUUACUUUAUUACAGAUUCAUCACCAGCACAUUUUUGUUACAGAUUCAUUUACUGAACCAUUUUUUGCUUUAUUCUGUGAUGCUGCUUCUAGUGCUAACCGUGGCAUAUUUCCACCUAUGAUUCUGUGUUUGCCUAGGGCUAGGAGCUUAGAAUGGAAUGCGUAAAACUUUCCUGGAAGUGCACACACAAUGGGGUUGAAUCUAUUAUUAUUACUUUAUUUGAGGUUGACUAUCUUUUAUGUUUAUAAAAAA